AUGAGCGCUUCACCACAUCCCUCUCCCGUCAUGGGCUCUCAUCGCAUCGAGCGCCAGCACUCCAACUCGCCCCCUCUCCAGCCGCAACAAUUGUCUAAGAGAGAUAAGAAGCGCACCGUUCUCGCCGACCGCCUCGCAGAAAUCACCAUGUCCUUCUCUGCGAAUCGAGACCAGCACUACCGUACCCAACUCCAAGCUAUCCAGAUCGACUCGAACCUCAUUGCAGAGGCCGACGUUCAUUCCAAGCUGCCCCUUCCAGACGAAGCCGAUCAGAUCGAUGAGCUGGUCAAGAAUAAUAUCCAAAGGACUAUGAUGAAGGCUCUGGGUCCAGAUCCUCCCCAGCGGGCUGGGAGAAUUUAUGCCGAGUUUGCGAAGGAGGUCAACGAUGCGCAAGAGGAGCGAGAUGCGGCUAUGGUCACUCUCAAGAGGGACUACGAUGUCAAGAUGAAUGAGAUCAACUCCUUCCAUGCCUACAAGAAGCGAGUCGCCAUAACCGAAUACAAGUCCCUUUCCGACACCCUUCGGGACCGAUUGAUCAACAGCGUCAUGAGCAAGAAGGCUCGUCUUUCGAAGGAUAAGGAUGCUAUUGAGAUUGGAGAGGGUAAUACACAUGCGCUCCUAUUACAUCCAAGCCAAUUUGGCAUUGCGAACCCCGCAAGCCCCAGUGCGCCCCAUGGCAAGCGAACUACCAGACACCGCCGCGAUGCUGAAGAACUCCCCAACUUCACAGAGAGUCAUAAGCGCAAGAGAAAGGCUCCUGACAGUGACGAGUCGCCUGCCCCUGGACGUCACCGUAGUGAUAAUGAUGCGAGCACCCCGCACUGGCUUGCCGAGAAGCAACGAUUGAUGGCGCACCAAGUCGGCUCCUCCCUCUACAGCGUCGACAAGCUCUUCAACGAGAAGGAGCUUUGCUUGACGUACAACGCGUCCGCUCUCGCAGCCUACGCAUACAUGCUCCGACACGCGCCCUUCUCCGAAGACGCAGACAGCCAAACCAACGGCAAACCCGACCGAAGCUCUGACCACGAGAAAGCUCCCACAGCAGGCGAUGCCGAGGAUGAAGAUGAGGGCUCCCCUCCAGGCGGCGCCAUGAUGGAGCGCCAGUUCUCUCACGCUACGCGGAGCACUCGCGGCAACGUCGUCUCUUCGGGGUACGGGAUUGACAUGUUUAACGAAAUCAACUACCCAUCCAACCUCCUCGCGCUUACUCGUCAAAUCCCACGCCUCCCACAAAUGAUUGUCAGCGGCAACACGCGCCAAUUCGCCACCAAUCCCAGUAAAGACGCCGUCGUGCCCUUGCAAGGUCUCAGUCCCGAAGAGGCGAAUGCGGAAAUUGAGUUAAUGCGCCGUGCACGCACUUACAAUGACGAGCGAGGCUUUGGCUCGAACCUCGAGCUGGAGCCCGGUGCCAAGACUUUGCUGGAAGAGGCAGCAUGGCCGAAGAAGUAUAAUCAUUGGGUCAAGAGUGACAACAGGGAGAAGAUGGGGAGUGGGCAGCUGCCGAUGAGCAAUAUGCGCGGCGACCUCGGAGGCGAGCCGAUGGUGAAUCAGAUUUCGCAGGGGGCGUCGAGCUUGGGUGGUACGCCGAUGAGUCGGCAGGCUACGGAUGACAGUACUACGAAGAUGGGGAAGCGGGCUGCGAGGAGAUGA